AUGGAAUACUUAAGUAAGUUUUAUAUAAAGCACAUAGAGAAAAAAAGUGAAGAUGAAUUUUAUGAUGAUAAAGUUAGAAAAAUAAAGAUGAAAAAUUGUUGUAAAAAAUGGAGUAACAGUAUGAAUAAUAAAAAUAUUAUGAUUGAUUAUAAAAAAGAAAUUUAUGAAAGUUCUUUUUUGAAAAAUAUGGAGAAAGUAUGGUCACUUUUUUUUAAUGAAGACAAAAAAGGAAAAUUACUACUUCAUAAAGAAGAAGAAAAUAUUUACUCUUUGCCUAAUUUUUUAAUUAUUGAUAAUAUUAACAAUAAUACUUGUAACAAUAAAAAUAAUAAUACUAAUAAUAAUAAAUGUGAUGAUAAUCUCAUAUUAGAUGAAAAUGAUGAUGAAAAAAUAAGUACAAACAAAAAUAUUUAUCUAAAUAAGAAGUUUAUCGAUAUUUAUCAUAAACAUGAUCAUUCUUACAGUUUUUAUCAUAAGGAAAUUGAUGAUUUUUUAAUUUUACCAGAUAUAUUAACCAAUUAUAAUGAAGAAAUCAACGCAAUAAAAAUAUAUGAUGAAAAUUUUAAUAUGAAGAGCAAUUUAAUAAUAAGCAAAAAUGAAUUGAGUGAAGAUGAUAGCGGAAAUAAUAAUAUUAAUGAAAAAGUUAAAACAAAAUUUUCAAAUAAUAGUAUCAUUAAUAAUGAAAAUGAAAAUGAAAAUAUCAUAAGUUCUAAGGAUCUCAAUAUAAUGACAAUUUAA